AUGUAUGCAGAUGACGCAGGGGGUGGGGCCCUUUUAGACGAGCCGUCAGGUUUCGCUGGCGAGCGCUCCGGGGUGUUGUCUUCGCCGAAUAAAGCACACUUAACCUCACGGCGCCGCGUGGUCCUGCCUGUUGUUCACAUCCGCGUUAGACCCAUCCUGCCGUACUUGGGGGAGCGGAAGGAGCACAGGCAUGUGUGGUGCCUCGACCACCAGAACAUCGUGGUGCGCUCCAGUAAGGUGGCGUCGGCUCGCCGUCACACUGCGUCACCAGUCUACGGCCACGGUGAACCCAACAGUGCGCCACAGUCGCCGUUCAUAUCUUCGCUGAUGUAUCACGAUUCUCCGUCCCCUGUGCGGUGGGGUGAGUUGCAGUGCCACAAUACGCCGUUCGGCAAGCAAACACCGCGGAAACACCGCAGAGACGUCUCGUGCCCUCGCCGCACGUCUACUGCUACCCCACGGAGGGGACCUAGGCCUCCCACACCAACCACUCAGGGCACCGUAUCACCCAAUCCACCUGGGCACAUUAGGCGGGAGGAGCACUUUAGCUUUGACUUUAUUCACGGCGAGGACGCGAAUCAGGAUGAGGUCUUCGAGGAAAGCGUGCUGGAUUUUGUUGACAUGGCACUUUUGGCACAAAGCGUCGCCAUUGUCUGCUACGGCCCCACAGGGAGUGGCAAGACGCAUAGCAUGAUGGGGCCCACACGCAGUCCUGUGUUGAAGAAGCGAGGCCCAAUUAUACCAGCAUUACAUAAUACAUCCCUUUUCAAGAACCGGCAACUCAUUGAUAGCUGCGGCCGAAGCAGAAUUGGCACCGCUCAUGAGCGGCUCUCGAACAGCCGCAGAAGCAGCAGCAUAACAAGCACCACCAAUACCUCGGAGUCAGCUGUACUGGCGUCGACGACGAUGGUACUAACAGAAGCACCAGCACCAGUGACAACAACACCCCCGGCGGUGGAGAGAGACGAGGCAAAGCAGCAGCAACAAGAGGAAGAACAAGAACAGAAAGGCUGGCAGAGUCCAGGACAUGGAAUUGGUCUCAGGGAGAUUGUGGGAAGCUCAUUGUCAUCGGGUGCGUCUCCGUUCGACCUGGAAUUUCCACAGUACAUAGAUACCAACGCUGCUACUAGAAACGAGAUGAGCCUCACUGGCCUUAGUAGCGGUCUGGCGGACUCUUUGCUCGUGGCGGACGAAGUGAACGAGUCAGUGGGUUUGCUGCCGCGCUUGGUACUCAUUUUGCUGGAACGCCGCGGGGAAACGAUUGUGCUUGAGCAGGAGGAACCCUCAGUUAAAGCCUCCUCCGGUGCUCGGCCCAGCAGUGGAAGGGAUAGAAACCAGGACAGGCAGAGACGGGGCUGUGGCGCCUCCCUAACGCUGCGGGGGCUAACCUUGUACGGGGUGGAGCUGUACAUGGACGAGUUUCACGAUUUACUGGAUCCCGGUAAAAGAGUAAUUCCAAACGUCGGCGACAUUGGCGGCCUUGACGCAUUCUGCCAAAAGAUGAACAAUCCCAGCGCAUUCGCAGCAAGCAGUGGAGGGAAACGGUUUAAUGGUGGGGGCGGCGGCGCCGGUAGCAGCCCUUUUCGUGGCGGUGGGGUGGCGGUGUCGUCCGUAGACGACUUUCAUCGCUGCUACAAGCUGGCGUCUCGCAAUCGGGUGACGAAGGGCCACCAGCGCAACGACACGAGCUCGCGUUCCCAUGCCGUCUUCAUUCUGCAGCUGCAGUUUGAUUUGGCGGACUUGCGGCAGGCAGGCGGUGAGGCUGUGAUGCAGAGCGUCUACUCGUACGUGGCGAUGGUCGAUCUCGCUGGGUCCGAGCGGGUGAAGGAGACAAAGGUGGAGGGAGCCGCACUCCGCGAGGCGCAGUGCAUCAACAAGUCUCUCUCCGCCCUUUCAGCCGUAAUUCUAGCGUUGUAUCGACGGUCCAGUCAUGUGCCGUACCGGGACUCAAAGCUCACGCGUUUGCUACGGCCAUGCCUGGAGUCAGGGCAUGUGCUGAUUCUUGUGCAUGCAACACCGUGCUCCGCAGAGGAGACGCUACGUAGCCUCAAGUUUGCAGAACAAGUGCGUCACACAAACGUGCAAACCCACAGUAUGUUAAACGCAACACCGGAGGUGGUGUUAUUGCUCGAGGACUUGCGAGAUCCGCAUGCGGAGGGGCACAUGGAGGCCUACCGCCGGACGGAGGUGGAGUACGCCCAGCUGUGUGCGGAGAUGCGGCUUGCGUAUCUCAGUCGUGACGCGCACGACCUCUCACAGCAGGAGUUCCUGUCACCCGCAGCAAACCCUGCAGGAACGCGGUCCCCAGGCCGGGAAUUGUCGCCAUGCGAGAGGCGCAGGCUAGUUAUUGAGACUCUUGUGGAGCGGCAGCUGCACCGAUACCGGGCGAUGGAGGACAAGCGUCUUCAGGAGGCCGCCGCUGAGAUUGAGCGUGAGUGGAACUUCUACGUGGAGAGCGCGCGACGCAGCAAAGAGCAGGAUAUUGAAAAUUUAAGGGCGUCCAUUGAGCAGUUGGAGGCCCUCAAUGCACGACUUGCAGUGGAGAACAGUCAACCGGUGCUGCGCGACGAGCAUGCCAUGGCCAUCAAGCAACGCAUGAAGGAACUUGCAGCAGAGAUGACUAACUACGCGAGGGAGAAGCUGCUACUAAGAGAGGGAAUGCGCGCUAUCAACCAACGCCUUUCCUUGCAAACCGACUUGGAGCGUUGCCUGGAUGAACAGUUGCAGAAGGCGCAAAGGGUUGGGGCGGAGGGAGGCGGAAGUAGUGCGAGGCUCUCUGUGGAUGGCCACAUGGAUAGGGAGAUGGGGGAAAUUUUCCACCAACAGCAUCUUCUCUCAAAGGAGAUGUCACUGCUACGGAAGGAGACAACGUGCUUUGUGCGGGGAGACGGGAUCUGGGAGGGACUCUGGGCCCGUGUCAUGCGGCAGGAGCUACUGCUGGCCAUCAGCAUCGAUCUGGAAAUGUUGGAGGGCAUUCUGCUGCGUCCCCAGUCCCUGUGCUGGGUUUUGGAGGCGAAUGGCUUGACGUCGGAGGCGGCACGGGAUGCCGCGUUCCCCACAUAUUCCGUCGCCCGCAACGUCAAGACGUUGCUGGACACCUUUGAAACGUUAAAGAAGCAGGCGGCGAGUCACACCAACAGGGACGGGGAGACUGAAGCGCGGAAGGUCCCGCUUCCCCCAAUUCCACUUGCCCUGUCGAGCGGCGACGAGGUUAGAAGUGCGGCGACGCUCAUUGGCUGCUACGGUGACGAGGCAAAAAUGCAGGAGGUGGGUGUGAAGCGGCUUGAGGAGGGCAUCUUUUGCGAGGUCACGUGCCUCACCAUGGGAGCGGAGGAGCUCGUGCGGCGGCGUCUGCCGGCCACGGGGCUGAUGCAGCUGACGAAUUACAAGGCGCCAUGGGGUUGCCUGCGUCUGGUGCACCCGCCCAAGGACACCUCCUCCUACAGCCUGGAGUUCUUUCAGCGCACAUACGCGGGAAGCGACAAGGUGCGGGACCGGCGCGUCAUCUCCAUUCCGUUGGCUGAACCACAGUUGCACCUUAAAUUGCACGUCUUUGAGGCGGAUGGGCUGGUGCGCACAUCGGCAUGGGAUGAUGCCUCUCUAGCCCCAGUCUCCGCCCUCCCUCUGCUGGCACUGGAGCUGCAGGGGGUUCGCCCCGCCCCCAACACAGGCACGCAACAGUACCAGGACGUGGGGACACGCACAAGAUCGCGGGGACACGCACCCUACAACCCUCCACCCGCCAUUGACACCGGGGGUGCACACAACAACCAUGGACUACUGCCUAGUGAAGCUGAAAAAGCCCAUCCCCAUGACGUUUUGCUAACCAAACGCCUGGAUUGUGGCGGUGAGUUACUGCUUCCUUCUAGUUGCAUGGCCGCGUGUGAGGAGGGUAAAGGGUGUUUUCUGUUGCAUUUUCCAGAAAGGCUUUUUGCAAAAGCGACCCGCACAGAGGCGGUGGAGUGCAUUGUUGCUGCCCUUUCAGGCCUGACGCUGCCGUUGUUUUCAGCCGCGUCUCAGGAUUGCUCUUCCAGCAACACCGAGGCAGACACCGUGAUUGGUGACGUUCGUGUGUUGACGUAUCAGCAGGUGCCGUAUGUGCUGCUCAGCAGUGACGGCGGUCCAUUGCGGAGCGGCGGACGUGCAACAAGCUUGCUAGUGCCUCGUAUGGUAGGAAUGCAGUUGCUGGGGUACUUCAGCGCCACUCAAAUUCGCUUCUACUUUCAAAUGGAUGAUGACAGCAGGACGGAGGCGAACAGCGAGACAAUGUUGCCUUCCCAACCUUUUUCCCACGGACGUUUUGCCGGGCCAUUUUCUACGGCUUGCGCCAUGCUAAGCCGUCUUGGCGCUUUGGCCCUCGCCCCUUCUGCUUCGGGUGGCGGUGGAAAGGAUGGUGAUGCGAAGCACGGCGACAGCAAUGCGAAGUCCACGGGGAACUUGGACGGGGCUGCGUCAAUGGUGCGGCACAUGCAACAGUUGUUUGCAUUUCGCAAAAAAACACGUGCGCGAGUGCGGCAGCAGAUCUUCGACGCCGAGGACAUUAAGGCGGAACUUCUUUACAGCUACUCCGAUAGCGAGUUGUUGCACGGGUCACAUAUAAAAGAUGUGCUGAAGGAGGCUCGGGACUUGAUCGGCCUGCAGCGGCCUCGCAACAGCACGUCUUUUGUGUUGCGGGGGCCAGUGCGUGCCACCCCCGGUUUGUGUCGUGAGAUAUGUGGCACCACCGUUCCCUGGACGCUCUGGCACUGGGCGCACCGGUGGAAGGCGCUGCAGAAAGCACACAGACUCCACCAGUCCCUGACAGGCGCGUAUGACAUGGACGGUGACGCCGAUAGCACGGACGACUCUGAGGAUGGUGGUGACCGUCCAUUCAACAUGGCCUCGACUGCUACUCGACGCAGCGCCGCCGGGCAGUCACUCGUUGUCUUUGAGGAGCUGCCGUGCUUUCUCACCUGCAUGGAGUAG